CCCCCAUUUGGGAAAUGUUGAACUCAAUUCUACCGGAGAUCUGUCGCGUGAAACGGGAUGAAAUGCCGCAGAAGAUCUGUCCUACCUGCCUGGUGGCCGCUCAAAAUGCCUUUCAUUUCCGGCACAAGUAUCCCGUUGCAGAAGAGGUACUAUGAACCCAUUAAUACCCUUCGAGGUAGUCGGUUGCGAGGAUCCAUUGGACACAAACGUAACCAAAUUGGACGCUAAUCGGCCUGAUGUAAAAACUGAUAUCGAUGAGCCAACCGAUGGAAAGGCAACUAAUGGUCAGGAGAGUGAACCAUUGCAAGAAGUUUUUGAAAUAACAAUGAGCGAUAUUAAAACGGAAGAUGAAAUAUCCAUUCAGGAGACAUUUGAAGACGCAUUUGAUGAAGAAAAUGAUAAUCACAAUACUGAUAGCGAAGAGGAGGAUUCAGACCAAUGGACAGUGGGCUCGACUGAAGACCAAGAUGAACCCUGGAUUCCCGGCGGCGGAGGGCGCAAAACGGUUGGCGGCAAUAAUCAAUCGUUGCUGUGCACAGAGUGUGGAGUGAGCUACUCGACGCAGAAGGCGUUGGCAAGGCACGUUGCCAAGCACAAGGAGCACGGUGAUACACAAAAGCCGCACCUCUGCGACUUCUGCGGACGAGGAUUUCGUACCAACGCCCAGCUAACGACCCAUAGGCGCCGUCAUACUGGAGAGCGUCCUUUUAAAUGCCCCCACUGUCCUAAAGCUUAUACGCAUGGUCCGACUCUGAAGUCGCAUAUGCACACUCACGACGAGGAAAAGGGUCACAAGUGUCCACAGUGCGACAAAACCUUUUACACGAGAGGCAAUCUUAGGGCCCAUAUACAGAGGCACACUGGCGAACGACCCUACAAGUGUCCCGACUGCCCACAAACCUUUGCCAAAAACUCUGGCCUUAAGUUGCACAGUCGUCUGCACAAGGAAGAGCGACCCUUUAAGUGUGAGCUCUGCGGCAAGGGAUUUGUCCAGAACCAGCAUUUGAUCACCCACUUGCGGGUCCACAACGGGGAUCGCCAGUUCAAGUGCCCCGACUGCGAGAAGUCAUUCUUCGAAAAAUCGAACAUGAUGAAACAUCAGCGCACCCAUUCGGGUAUAAAGCCCUUUAAAUGUGAGGAGUGCGGCCAAGCCUUCUCCCACAACCAUCACCUGAAGAGUCAUCUACGCAUCCAUACCGGCGAAAAGCCCUACAAGUGCGACCAGUGCGGCAAGGGUUUCAGUGCGAAUCAGUCACUGAUGAAGCAUACCCUUUGGCACGUGGACAAUAAUGAUCGGCCAUUUAAAUGUUCUCAGUGUCCCAAAGCCUAUGACACUCAGCAGAGCUUACGGGGUCACGAGAAGACGCACAAAACCCCGGAUGAGCCAAAAACGCUGCACCAAUGCCCGCACUGCGACGUCAGGUUUGCUUUAAAAAAGACCCUGGACAAGCAUAUCACAAGCCACAAGAUUCGACCGCACCCAUGCUCGCAAUGUCCAGAGGGAUUUUUCUCCCAGAAGAGCUUAAAAAAGCACUUGCGACUUCACAACCUGAAGAAAUAAUACAUGAUCAUCCUGUGGCCCCAUCAUAAGACCAUUAGUUAUAAUAAGUGUUAAGUAGAUGUAACUACACAAUUUGUGUAAGGAAAUCAUUAAAUUUGAACAAUCUGAUGUUACAAAAAA